AUGGAUCCAGGCCACAUCUUUCGCCAGGGCCUGUGUUCCGUCCCUCCUCGGCCCCAUCAGACGUACGCUUCUCAGUAUCAGCAACAACCACCUCUGGCCACUAUCGACGACCUCUCCGAUAAUGACGGCCCCAGUCAUCGUGUUGCGCACACUCUUACCGCUUGUUGUCGCUGUCGUCAGCGCAAGACGCGUUGCGACCCCACUUUGCCUCGCUGUCUCCCGUGCGAGAGAUCCGGCUCGACGUGCGAAUACCUGGAUACAGCCAAGGGGCAGAAAAUCAACCGCUACUAUGUAAUCAAGCUGCAGGGCAGGGUCAGGGCUCUCGAGGCCGAGCUGGCCCAGUUCACAGAUGACGAGAGCGAUUACCCACGAACGGCCGAGGAUAUGGUACGGCCUGGCGGCAUGAUCCGGCUCAGGGCGAGUGACGAAACGUCGAGAUACCUUGGCCCCAGCAGUGGCAUAGCUAUGACUCGGCUUCUUAUGGAGGAGGCGAAGCGGUACACAGCAUCCAAUCGCAUAUCGGAUCUUAUUCCUGAAAUCCGGGCUCAGAGCCAGGCCCGCAUGCAAUCAAUUCAGUUCACCGGGCCGCCGAGCGGUAGAAAGAAGAGCUAUCCCAUGAUUAGCGAGCGUCCUGCGACGGGCCUGCCUUCUCGUGCAACAAUGGACAAGCUCAUCCAGUUAUUUAUCAAGAAAUCGCAGACGUUUUGGCCCGUCUUGCAUGAGCCGAGUUUCCGACAAGACAUGGAGGCAGUCUACAAUGGCGACAAGGAUCCUUACAAGAACUUUGCGCUCCGUAUCGUCAUCGCCAUCUCCUUGCACCUGUGCGACCCACAGUACGCUGGCUUGGCCGACGGCUACUACUUGUCGGCAAUGCAGUACGCUGAGGCUGUGAUACGGCCAAAGGACCUCAAAACCCUGCAGUGUCUGGUCUUGAUCGGCCAUUACUCCCUCCUCACCCCUGCGAGGACGCCAGUGUACUAUGUCCUAGGACUCGCGGCAAGAAUUUGCCAGCAAGAGGGGCUCACGGACGAGAAGACCAUCUCUGCAAGCUACAACACGGACGCGAAAGCAAUCGACAUGCGACGGCGCCUCGUAUGGAUCGUGGCCAUGCUGGAUUUUGAGCUGUCCUAUCACAUGGGACGACCCAGCGGCUUCGCAACCGGAAACGACAGACUCGAUGUCACCUUGUUCGCCGACGUUGAUGACGAGUACAUCACAACCAGCGGAAUGGCGGCCGGACCUUCAAGUGAGCGAAAAUGCGUCGCGCUGCACUACAUCAAGUCGAGAGAAAUCCAAGCAGAGAUAAAAAGAACGCUGUACGAGCAAAAACAGCCGGAACCAAACAAUGACUCGCAUCCCUGGUACGCCUCGAUCGAGAAGCGGUUGCAGACAUGGCUGGACACGGCGCCGCCAAAUCCACCCUGGAGUCCGCCAUGGUUUGCAGGCUUGUAUCACCAUACGCGGAUGGUCCUGCAUAGGCCAUCCCCCCAAGUCCCCCAUCCGUCAACCCGCUCUGUGGGCAUUUGCUUCGACAGCUCCAAACACGUCAUCAGCUCGAUGCAGAAGCAGUUGGACCAUGGCUUCUCCAGCGCUACCUGGGUGUUUCUUCUCACGCUCACCUCGAGUCUGAACGUGCUGUUGUGGUGCACGUCGUACGCAGAAGUCCGGCAGCUCCAUCCGCGACAAGAGGUCGAGGACCUGGUCAACAUGGCGCUUGCUUGCCUCGACAAGUGCGUGGAGCGAUGGCCCGGCACCGCGUACACGUCCCAGCUCUACGCCAUCAUCUCCAAAGCCUGCUUGCAGAGCUACGAGAGGGGAUCCAGCAGCAGCCGAGCCUUGUUUUCCUUUGCCAGUCCGCCAUCCGUCCCGGAGCCGCCGCAGUCCUCGCCCGACGCGUACCCGCACCCGGGAGCGCCCCAGGAUCAGAUGCCGUUCAUGAGCCCUCCGCAGUUCGGCUUCGUGUUUGACUCGCCGUCCGAGUCCAUGAACGCCUACACGUUUGACCCAAACUACCUUCCGCCUCAGCCGUCCUUCCGGUCCAACUCCAUCUUCUGCAACCCGGCCACCGACUCGAGCGGCAGAAGGUUCUCCUACUUCCCGCCCGAGGGGUCUCCCGAGGAUGCCGUCCAAGCAGCCACCUCGGCCGCCGCCGCUGCCGCCGCCGACGCCGCCGCUCCGCCGGAUCACGGCACCCCGUCCUCCAUGGACCACGGCCUGAAGCAAAUGCCGACGCCGCCAGAGUCGCUGGCCCCCGGCAGCGUGUCCGCCGGCACCACGCUGUCGUCGCCGGCCCCCCUAUCGCUGCGGCCUCCCGCGCUAUCCGACGCCUCGUCCUCGUCGGCUCCUCGCGUGGUCCCCACGCACGACCACGUGGCCUCCCCCCCGCCGCCUGUCGCGGCCGAGUUUGCGCCCACGCCGCGGCCCUCGGUGCCCCAGCGCUCGUUGCCAAUGGCCUCCUCGACGGCCGACUGGUUCUCGCCCCCCGCCCCCUUCAUCUCGCCAUACAACUUUGGUCCCAUGAGCAGCGGCGGCGGCGGCGGCGGCGGCAGCACCAGCACCAGCACCAGCACCAGCUUCUUCAACGGCGCCCUGCCCAACGGGUUCGCGGCAACCCCGGCCGCCGCCCACCUCGGCGGCUUGCAGAACCUGGCGACGGGCUUCGAUGUCCAGGCCCACUACGGCUUCCUUCCGGGCCGGCAGGGCAGUCUUACCCAGUCCCAGCAGGUGGAGCUGAUGAAUGCCCUGGAGACGGAGGGCGUGGGCGACAUUGACGCGUUUCUGAGCGCCACUCACAGCAUGGCAGAUGUGCGGUGGUACUAA